UCUCACACAAGCAUGGCGGAAGAGUUUUGGAAUAAAGUAAACAUUCCCUUUCCCAACGCUAUUUCUGUUUACCGGAUUCCGUUUUCCGAACAAACAGACACUGCUUUGGGAUGUAUCGUCGCGGGAAGCGAGAAGUUCCUGGAUCUGUUCUGCAGCGAAGUUCUGCAGACGGAGAUCCGCGUCCUGUACGAGUGUCUGUAUCUACUCAAUAACAGCUUCAGGCAACACAAGACGCUUUCCGCUCUCAAACAGCUGGAGCAAUGUAUAAAUCGUGUGAAGGAGAUGAGUUUGCAAGAGGCCAUGCAGGACUACUGGGAGGCAUGUCCAAAGAAACCACAGAGGAGUGCAGGUUUGGAGCUCGGUAUGUGUGACGUGCCCAGCCAGGCGUGUGUGGAGUGGAUGUGUGUGAAGAUUCUGGGCGGAGCUACUCUCAUUGCUCGACUGCUGGACCGCUGCUCCCGAGCAUUCCUUUGGUGUAAGCAGCACAUGCAGACUGGAGAGUUCAUCGUCCUCAACCUGAUGCUGGUCAGCAUGCUCUCCAGGCUAUGGGUGUUGUUUCGGGGGUUGCUGCGCGCCCUCUGCCCCCUCUACCAGCACUCCCUGGAUCUCCUGCAGCAGGUGUCUGCUGCCCGCCCCCUCCCCUACCUGAGCCCCAGCGACCCGCUGCCCCCUCACCUGCCCGGCCACCUGGCCUCGCUCCUGGGCCCCCAGCAGGCCGCCCUGCUCCUGGAGGUGGAGGAGAAGAGGACCAGGAGAGGAGGAAGGGCAUCGCUCCUGAACAGGCUUUUUGGAGAGCAGGGAGGCGGAGGGGAGGAUGAGAAGGGGGAGGGAGGGGUGAGGAAGAGGAUGCUGAAGAGGAGUGUGGGGGUGAGGAAGGCUCGGGAGGUGCGGCGACUGGCUGAGGACCUGGGCAGUGUCGUGCUGCAGAGGCAUGCUGAUGUCACGGGUGUAGGAGCAGAGCUGGACAUCAAAGCCCUGCUAAUGGGAUCCAAGGCAGAUAAGACACAGAUGGCUGCAUUGACCAAUCAGAAACCGUCUUCCUGUGAGGACUCUGCUGUGAUUGGUCAGAAGAGGGAGUUUGUGAAGCGGUUAAAAUCUGCCUCCUCCUUUGCUGAGCUGGCGGCCACUCUACAGGAAGUGAUGCGAUGGUGUCGGGGCCGAAACAGGAAGGGGGAGAGGCGGAGCUUAGUGCUGAUGAGUGUGAAGUGCCGCAGGAUGGUCAGCUUGGAGGCUGAGGGACACAGUGUGAAGCGGAAGCUGCAGAGGUUCCAGAGCACUGCUGGCCGGGCUCUGAUGCAGGGAAUCUCUCAUCAUCGUCAUCAUCAUCAUCAUCAUCAUCAUCAUCAUCAUCGCUGCCACUCGCUAAGAACCCUGUGGAGGCAGAACCUCGGCUGCAGAGACCCUGUCAGGAUUGCUACAAUAUUGCAGAACCAGCAUAGAACUGUUAAGCAGAGACACAGAACAUCAGGAGCUGGCUCUAGAACCCUCACCCAGAAAGACAGAACAUCAGGGCCUGAGUCUAGAGCUGCCAGUAAAGACCUUACAUUGCCACAGAAACCAGUCAAGGCUGGGGAUGUGGCAGAGGAGCUCACAGGAACGGAUGUUAGCGUGUCUGCAGGAAACAGGAAGUAUACAUCAGUUUCAAAGCCGGCAGCCGUGGAAGCAAAUGAAGAUGAUAUUGAUGACAUAUUCGCCUCUAUCGGGUUUUGAUUUAAAGGCAGUGUGCGUGUGUGUGUGUCAGGCAGAAUGUUGUAAACCAGUGAAUGUGGUCUGUUUGUGCGUUUGUGUCUGAGAUUUUCAGAAUGUAAGCCCGAAACUAAUGUAUUUUGUUAAUUUUUUAAUAAAUCACCACAACAUUACUCUUA